GAGCUUUGGACAAGUAUCGGACAUUUAGCUCUUCGAUCCCAAGGUGUACAACAAAUGGCGGACAGCGGCUUCGAUAGUCGGGAUCGACGCCGGAGGCGGAGCCCUUCGUACGCAUCCGAAUCUGGAACCGCUUUUCGACGUCGAGACAGCCACGAUCGAGGCCAUCGCAGCUCACGCCGCCGGGAUCAUGCCGACGAUGAUGUCGACAAUGGCCGAAGUGGUCGGAGAGAAAAGUACAGCAAUCGAAAAGACCGACAUAGGGACCGAGAACGGGGCAGACAUGACAGAGAUCGCUCUCCUAAGCGCCAACGACGGCGCUCAUAUUCACCUCGCGAUCACAAAGAGGAAGCCGAAGAACGGCAGAGGCGCCGCAGACGAGACGAUCGAUCAAGAUCACAGGAGAGACGACGAAGAAGACCUAGUCCUCCUUCGCGAUCACCUUCACCUUCCUACUCCAGUAAACGCUCUCGAGGUCCUCUUCCCAGCCAAGAAGAAUCUUUUCAUGGACAAGGUUCCUCCAGACAGCCCUCUCGGCGCGAUACCGAUCGAGAUGCCCGAGCCAGAAACGACCCCGAAACGGAUGACGCUGUAACCAAAGCUUCCCCUCCACCGGAGAAACAAAAGCCAAAUUUCGAGCGGACUGGUGCCCUAGCUCGCGAGACAAACACUGUAGAAGGAACGAAUAUAGUAUUGAAGUACAACGAGCCGCCUGAGGCAAGGAAACCCCCGUCUAGAGACGCGUGGAGACUAUAUGUAUUCAAGGGGCCGGAUCUGCUCGAGACGGUGGAAAUAUUCACACGAUCGUGCUGGUUAGUAGGCCGAGAAAAAAUGGUGGUCGAUUUCCCCAUUGAGCAUCCGAGCUGCAGUAAGCAGCAUGCGGUAAUCCAGUUUCGACAUAUUGUCAAGACGAACGAAUAUGGGGAUAAGGAUGCUAGAGUGAGACCGUACAUUAUUGACCUUGAGAGUGCCAAUGGAACUAAGGUCAAUGGCGAGAAGAUUCCAGCAACGCGCUAUGUCGAAUUACAGGACAAGGAUAUGGUUCAGUUUGGCCUCAGCACGAGAGAGUAUGUCCUAAUGCUGCCUCCGGGAUGAAUACAGAGUUUAGACUUGAUGGACCCAAAGUAUCCAUGGGUGUUGCAAGCAGAACUGGCUAUAUGGGAAGAGUGAAUCAUGAAAGCCUUGAGGACUUGUAAAAGUUGAUGCACAUAUUAACAACCAUAAUGCAUAUAUUACACUUGAGUACCAUUUAACGGGCAAACUAUUUCAGCUAAAAGCUGUUGAUUCAUUCAUUUCCUUUUUCUCUGCUUCGGCUAGAAUUAUCGAGCAGCAUCGAGCAGCAUCAACCAUUUCCACGAAAUCAUUAUGGUACAACGUAGCAAAGCAUAACAGCGUUAGGGAAAAGAUGCUAUG